GUGCGGGCGAUCGGGCCGAGUUCCUGGAAGUUUCCUGCCUCGCGGCCCGCGCCCGGCUCCGAGCGUCGCUGCCCAGGCUCUCGCCGCCCCGCGGGGCCCCCUUCGCCCCCGCCGACAUGGAGCAGCCGCCGGCGCCCAAGAGUAAACUAAAAAAGCUGAGUGAAGACAGUUUGACUAAGCAGCCUGAAGAAGUGUUUGAUGUAUUGGAGAAGCUUGGAGAAGGGUCUUAUGGAAGUGUAUUUAAAGCAAUCCAUAAGGAAUCUGGACAAGUUGUGGCAAUUAAGCAAGUACCUGUUGAGUCAGAUCUUCAAGAAAUAAUCAAAGAAAUUUCUAUCAUGCAGCAGUGUGACAGCCCGUACGUUGUGAAGUACUAUGGAAGCUACUUCAAGAACACAGACCUCUGGAUUGUCAUGGAGUAUUGUGGUGCUGGCUCCGUCUCUGACAUAAUUCGGUUACGAAACAAGACGUUAACCGAAGACGAGAUCGCAACAAUCCUGAAAUCUACAUUGAAGGGGCUGGAGUAUCUGCACUUUAUGAGAAAAAUCCACAGGGAUAUCAAGGCUGGGAAUAUCCUCCUCAACACAGAAGGACAUGCGAAGCUGGCAGAUUUUGGUGUGGCUGGCCAACUCACGGACACGAUGGCAAAACGCAACACUGUGAUUGGAACCCCAUUCUGGAUGGCUCCUGAAGUUAUCCAGGAGAUCGGCUAUAACUGCGUGGCAGACAUCUGGUCCCUGGGCAUCACCUCUAUAGAAAUGGCUGAAGGGAAACCUCCAUAUGCGGAUAUCCAUCCCAUGAGGGCGAUUUUUAUGAUUCCCACCAAUCCACCGCCAACAUUCAGGAAGCCAGAACUUUGGUCUGAUGACUUCACCGAUUUUGUUAAGAAGUGCCUGGUGAAGAAUCCUGAGCAAAGAGCUACUGCCACGCAACUUUUACAGCAUCCCUUCAUCAAGAAUGCAAAGCCGGUGUCGAUUCUAAGAGACCUGAUAACAGAAGCCAUGGAGAUCAAAGCCAAAAGGCACGAGGAACAGCAGCGAGAGCUGGAAGAGGAGGAAGAGAAUUCGGAUGAAGACGAGCUGGACUCACACACCAUGGUGAAGAGCAGCUCGGAGAGCGUGGGCACCAUGCGGGCCACCAGCACCCUGAGUGAGGGAGCGCAGACCAUGAUCGAGCAUGGUGGCAGCGUGCUGGAGUCAGACCUGGGCACAAUGGUCAUCAACAGCGAAGGCGAGGGCGAGGGCGAUGACGACGGCACCAUGAAAAGAAAUGCAACUUCACCACAAGCGCCAAGGCCAGCCUUUAUGGACUACUUUGAUAAACAGGAUUUCAAGAACAAGAGCCGCAACAGCUGCUGCCAGAAUGUGCACGACCCUUUCCCCAUGUCCAAAAACGUGUUUCCUGAGAACUGGAAAGUGCCACAGGAUGGAGACUUUGACUUUUUGAAAAACCUCAGCCUGGAAGAGCUGCAGAUGCGGCUGAAAGCGCUGGACCCCAUGAUGGAGCGUGAGAUCGAGGAGCUCCGGCAGAGGUACACGGCCAAGAGGCAGCCCAUCCUUGACGCCAUGGAUGCCAAGAAGAGGCGGCAGCAGAACUUCUGAGCUGCGGCUCGCCUGACUCCUAUGCGCUGCUGGGGCUCAGGGCAAUGAUAGGAUUCGAACUCAAAGCAAUGAUAGUUAUUUUUCCAUCCCUUCUGUCUAUGCUCGCCCCAACUAGGUAUCGACCCAAACUAGUGAUGGUACCUACCCAGGUCAGUGCUCAAAAAGCUCCUGCACCACCUGCCCUUGAAACCAUGUACAUGAAAACCAUGUACAAAUUUGGCCAUGUUUAGAGCCUCUUCAAACCCAGGACUAUUGAUUGAGGCACUUUACUGACAAUAUUCUUCGUUGUUGUCUAGUGGCCUAUUUAUUAUAGCCCCUUAGGUAAAUAAACUUAUUUAUUUAUGCUAUUCCACUUCCUUUUGCUUGGUUAAGGACAAGGUCAGGAUCAGUUUGGUGAUGAGAUGGUCAUAGAUGAUCGCAUACAAUCAAAACGAUGCUUUAAGCAUGGGUCUAAGGGGCACAUUUCCUUGAUUUCUAGGGUCAUUUUUUCAAUAGAUUUAAGCAAUAAUAGCUACCAUACCUAAUGGGACCUUUUAUAUUUGUUUGUUUUUUGGACUGAAGCAGUAAUUCCAUUUUUACCUUCGGAAAGAUUAAUUUUUUAAAAAUUGUCUAUGUUUGGUACAAAUAGAGCUAUAUAUUUAGGUCAAAAAAAAAGCUAUGAUGUUUAAAACCAAAGAAAUCACCGAAAACCUUGCACAAAAAAAGUGUGGAAAAAGUUUAAAAGAAAUAAAACCUUAAAACAUAUAA